AUGACCCAUCUGACAAAGCUUAUUGAUGCUAUAUGGAGCAAAAAGAACGUGCCUGCAUGGGGCAUGUCGACAGUUAUCCCUAUCUUCAAAAAGGGUACGCGGACGCUCUGUGAAAACUACAGUGGCAUCAGCGUGUUAGCUGUGGCAUCGAAAGUGCUCUCUGGCAUUGUCGUUCGAGGGUUGACUGAACACAGGGAGAGAAGGACCCUGAAAACCAAACUGGGUUCCGUCCUGCAAGAGGAUGCAUCGAUCAAAUCUUCACCCUCCGACAGAUUCCGGAAUAGCGACACUGCUUCCAGCAACCAACAAUGGUUGUUUUUCGUGAUCUGGAAGCUGCCUUUGGCUCUGUGGACCGCCAAGCACUAUGACAGUGUCUGUGGAGCAGAGGCACUGUACGCCAACUCCCGCGGCCGUGUAAAGGUCUACGGGAAGCUUUCUCCUGAGUUCACCACAUCAAGUGGUGCCCGACAGGGCUGCCCUCUUUCACUUUUCCUUUUCAACUUCAUCAUUGAUACGAUCAUGGAAGACUCACUACCAGCCUCUAAUGCCUGUGGGGUCGAAGUGCUCCCUGGGCCUCCGCUCACAGACAUCGAGUACGCAGACGACAUAGCUCUUCUUGGAUCUGACCCCAUGGCUGUUGAUCUGUUCGCCGAGCUUGGCAAUUGGCUUGCAAACGUUUCGUCACCAUACGAGGAGACAUCAUCAGUGCGCAGUUGGUGUGGUCCCGAUAAACACCCUCAUUUCCAAAUCAGUCUGAUUUUCACGGGAGACUCAAGUGAAUAUUUCGUUUAUGAUAUUCUUCAACUGAAUGUGCUGCACACAGGCCGCCUCAUGUUUCAGUUGAUACGAUAUUCGAGAUAUCACAGCUUGGGCGACCUGGCAGUAUCUCAGCCCUCGUGCUUCUUUCUGGCAGUUAGGCACCGAACGGUUGCUACAGCGGAAGGAUACUGUGCUUCCGUAGCAGGAACCUGA